AUGAAUGGAGUCGUGGAUGCGGCUAACAAGAAUAUCAAAAGGAUAUCGAGGAAAAUGAUUGAUAUUCACAAAGACUGGCAUGAGCAAUUGCCAUAUGCUAUGCUAGGAUACGGUACAACAGUCCGUACUUCAACAGGGGCAACUCUUUACUUACUCGUUUAUGGUACUGAAGCCGUCAUACCUGCCGAUGUCAAAAUACAUUCCCUCAGAAUCAUUCAAAAGGCUGAGUUGAACAAUGAAGAAUGGGUCAGAGCUAGAUACGAACAGCUGGCUUUAAUUGAUGAAAAAAGGAUGAUUGACAUAUGUCAUGGACAGCUGUAUCGCCAAAGGAUGGCACGUGCUUUCAACAAGAACGUCAGAACGCGACUUUUUCAAAUUGGGAAAUUGGUACUCCAUAGAAUAUUUCAACAUCAGGACGAAGACAAAGGAAAAUUUGCACCUAAUUGGCAAGGUCCCUACGUGGUUCAAAAAGUGCUCUCAGGAGGAGCGGUAGUGCUAACUGAAAUGGAAGGGCAAGAGUGGCCCAAACCAAUCAACGCAGACACGAUCAAACACUACUAUGCUUCAAAACUGGCCUCCUUAGUCAAGACCAUUUUUCAUUUUUCUUGUAGUAGUUCCUCUCAUUUGCUUAAAAUAGUUUGCUUUCCAUUUUACGUAUAA